AUUAUCUUCCUCUACUAAGUACUUAGUACUAAACUACAAUGUCAAGUGUCACCAUUGAAAAUGUUCUUCAUUUUGUAUUGUUCGCGCAUCGUACACUUAAUCUAAUAAAUAGACUCUGUAUCUAAGUUGUCCAGAUUUUUCUAAAAUAUUGCUUCACUCGUAUCAAAUUCUUCAUAAAUACAUUACGUAUAUUUAAUCUAAUACUCCAUAUUUAAGUUGUUUAGAUUUUUUAAAAAUAUUAUCUCAUCCACUUUCAAAUUCUUCAAAAAUACAUUAUUUUUAAAUGCACUCACAAUAUUUUUGAAAGAUACGACUAUGUUGUUCAUAUUACUAUGUUUGUUCUGCUUUAUAGAAUUUAAUGUGAAGUUUGUAAAACUCCAUUAAUGUGAUGAAGUAUCUUGGUAAUGUAAUGGAUUCAUUAAUUUUGUCAUGAAGAUAAGCACUAGUUGCUAGAGUAUAUUAUUGCUCUGCUUAAAUCUCACUUCACUUUAUAUGCUUUUUUUUUUUCCCUCUGUGCUCUUCCUUCCAUGCUUGUCCAAAAACCCUAGAUCUGUCCCCCUCGUAGGUAACCUCAACAACCUUUGCUCUCUAUAACUCACACACAACACGCAUACACACAACACACACUGCACAGCACAGCACAGCACAAAAACACAUUUUUCUCUCUGUGUGUGUGUAUUUUUGUAUAUUAACUGCUGUUGUGUUGAUUUCUAGGUGCAGCUUUUUGAGUGAAGUGAAAAAGAGGUGACAAAGGGAAGUGGGGGUGGGUAGAAUUUGGAAAAGAUACUUUCUUGGCGAGGGAGGAGAUGAGUGGCACCUCAACAUCAGUGGUCGGGGGUGGGGGUGGGGGUGGGGGUGGGGGGGAGGGGGGAAUGGGGUAUGGGUAUGGUUACCGGCCACCGUUUACUGCAGUGCAAUGGCAGGAGCUAGAACAUCAAGCAAUGAUAUAUAAGUACUUAGUGGCAGGUCUUCCUGUGCCACCUGAUCUUGUUGUUCCUAUUCGUCGUAGCUUUGAAGCUAUCUCAGCUAGGUUCUUUCAUCAUCCCAGCUUGGGCUAUUGUUCCUAUUAUGGAAAGAAGUUUGAUCCUGAGCCUGGAAGGUGUAGAAGGACUGAUGGAAAGAAGUGGAGAUGCUCGAAAGAUGCAUAUCCCGACUCCAAAUAUUGCGAGCGUCACAUGCAUCGAGGCCGCAACCGUUCAAGAAAGCCUGUGGAAUCUCAAUCUACUUCCCAAUCCUUGUCGACUAGUAUGUCACAAAUUACAACUGGGAGCAGUAAUACCAGAGGAAGUUUCCAAACUAGCGGCAGCGGAAGCUUCCAAAACAUGCCAUUGUAUUCUGUUGCUAAUUCAGGAGCGCUGAAUUAUGGAAGCACUGCAACAAAGUUGCAGAAGGAGCCUGUCUCCUGUGGAAUAGAUAACAAGGACUAUAGGUAUCUCCAUGGAAUUGCUCCAGAUGCUGAUGAGCAUAAUUUAUCUUCAGAAGCUUCUGCAACUGUCAGAAGUUUUGGGAUGGGGACCAACACAGACGGUACCUGGGUAUUUCCUUCUCAAGUUUCUUCAAGCCCCAUGGCGAGACAAAAGAAUGAUUCCCAGAUGCUGGGUAGCUCAACAGAGAUGCAUCUACCUAAUCUACUUGAGCCUAUGAUUGACUCAACAAUUUCAAAGCGACGACACCAGCAUUGCUUCUUUGGCAGUGACAUUGAUUCACCUGGAACAGUAAAGGAGGAGCAGCAGCAUUCGAUGCGCCCUUUCUUUAACGAAUGGCCCACUGCUAAAGAAUCGUGGUCCAACCUUGACGAUGAGGGAUCCAACAAAAACAAUUUCUCCACUACACAACUAUCCAUAUCCAUUCCAAUCGCUCCUUCCAACUUCUCUUCAAGGAGUGCUUGCUCCCCAAAUGAUGCUUGAGGGAGCUGCCGCUGUAUAAACUCCAAGCAGUUUGGUGCAAAGCAGAGGAACAGACAUGCUACUGCAAACCAACAUCUGCUCGUACGAGCUAUAUGUAACCUUUAUGUUGCUGGGAUAUUGAGUUAUUCCAUGUUUUUGUAGUUGAUUUUCUAAUGUCAACAAUGUUUUAAGAAGAAAAAAACGAGUUUUCUUCGAAUGAUGCUCAUGUGUAUUGUCGAAAAUAAAUGUGUUUUACCAGCCAUUCUGCUGGGGUGAGAUGAUUACUCUUGUGAUUUAAGUUGUAAAUUUGAUCUCCUUAUGUUCAUUGGUGCAA